GAAUUGACAUGGUCAGAAUCUUCUGGUUCAUUCAUUUUCAACCAGGAAUUUUUUUCAAUGUGGAAAAAUGUGUUUUUUUCCGAAGCUCUCAUGAUCUCUACAUGGAUUACCAAAUUCAUCGAUUGGUUAGCCGAUAAUUCAUCGGUCGCUUUUCACCCGCCAGCUCGAUUUUCAUCUAGUACACCGAAUCGGGACGCGAACCAUUCGGUUUAGCUCCCGGGCACUAAUAGAGUCGCAAAUAGAGUCGAUCGGACACAAGUCGGGACAAAAAGAUUGUGCGAAAACGAAGUCUCGACGGGAAGACAUGAGCGGAGUCGGCUUUUUGGCGACCGUGAAGACGUUCGCGCCAGGCGGACGCCGACGUCGACGCUGUGAGAAGCAGCAGAAGGUCCUAGAGCUUCCGCCGGGCUAUGGGAUGCAGCCGGAUGUCGUACCCUCCUGGGACACGGCGCCACCCAUCACGCCACCCGCCGCAUUUUUGCCGCCGGGCUACAAAAAGGGCUUUCCAGAGCCGAAGAAGGAAAAGACCGAACAGAAUGUGAAUGGCGCGAUGUCGCCGUGCGGCGGCGGCGAGCCGCAGGCCGCCAAUUUGGGCACGGCCACGAGCGGCUUGGCGGUACCGGUCCCGGGCCCGGUCCCGAAUGCCGGGGACCAACAAAAGCCAAACAGGCCGAACACCCUCGACGCCAGGGUGGUAGCCAGGAGGCUGAUCUUGUUCGACAUGGACAAGGGGGUGCUAGAUCAGAGCGCCGACAAUCAGCAGGUAAUCGAGAGGUGUUACCCGUUACCACCUCAGAAUACCCUGAUGCUGUCGGAGCUCCCAGAGCCGCCGAUACCGUUGAGCGAAAUCGGCCCUAUACCACCCCCGCCCAUGUUCAGCUCCCCGAGUCCCACUUUGUUGGCGAGACAACGGCAAAUACCGCUCUCGGACUGCGAGGACGAGGAUGAGGAGGAUGGCGACGUGGAAGAAGAGGACGACAAUAUGUACCUCUUCAGGAUGUCGCAGCCUGAUCCCGCGAUCGAUACGUCUCGUGUCGAAGAAAUACCGGCGAAGGAACCGAAGUUCCACGCUGUGCCGCUGAAGAGUGUCUUGAAGAAACGAGGCUCCGGAAGUGGACCCGGCACGCCGCAAAACACUCCGACGCAGGAGAACAGGCCGCUGACGCUUCGCCAGGAGCUCCAUGCCUCGUUCAACAGUCGACCGGUCAGAUUUGGCCUCGCUCUACCCUGUACACUGGAGAACAAGGAGAACGCGAGGCCUUACGUUAUCCGAGAAGAUGCGGACGGCGACUCCGGCGAUGGACAAGUCCUCUACAGGGAUGAUUAUGACGAUGAGAAAAGCCGUUUGGCAGCCAAGAUCGCGCGCAAGGAAUCACUUUCGCUAAAGCUCGCCCUUAGGCCAGACAGACAGGAGCUCAUCAACAGGAACAUCCUUCAACUGCAGACAGACAAUGAGAGGCAGGAGACGAAAGAGGCCAUUGGCGCCAAGCUUAUCAGGCGGCUGAGCAUGCGGCCGACUCAGGAGGAACUUGAAGAGAGGAACAUUUUGAAAAAGCAAAGCCCCGCCGAGGAAAAGAAGCAAAAGGAGGAGAAAAAACGUUAUCUGCUGCGAAAGCUGAGUUUCCGACCGACCGUUGAGGAGCUCAAGGAGAAAAAGAUUAUCAGGUUCAACGACUAUAUCGAGGUAACGCAGGCUCACGAUUACGAUAGAAGAGCCGACAAGCCUUGGACGCGGUUAACUCCGAAGGACAAGGCUGCUAUUAGGAAGGAGUUAAACGAGUUCAAGAGUUCGGAGAUGGCCGUUCACGAGGACAGCCGACACCUCACCAGGUUCCAUAGGCCAUGACAAUUGCAAUGUGUUGAGGUGCUACAGUGUGGUGCGGGUAUACGUGAAGGUGCAGUGUGGUGGCUUCGUGUUGAAGCUGGGUGAAGAAAGAAGGGAGAGAAAAUCGGCUAUCGUUAUUUCCGGAUCUAAAGCCGGAACGCGCGAUACUCGUCCGAUCGUGACGGUGAUUUCUUUGACGUUGCUGCGUCGUGUCGUUCGUCGUUGUCGCCAAGCAUCAUCUACUGGCACUUCUUCCAUCAUCGUCAUUUAUACACGUCAACGACAAACGCCACUAUGACGUCGACGAAGAUUGUGAUAGGGUGACUCGCCACCCCAUCGAAGAGGACUUGGCGGGUCGCUCGCCGAUUUCUUUUCAUAAGGGUCGUUCACACCCGUGCUUAGCCGAGCAGUUGUUUACGCUCUUUCCGACAUCUACUCAACUACUCUUCAUCUUUGUAUCUUCGACGCUGAUCUCGUUAUAGUACAUGCGUCAAGGCGUUUGUAUUCUCAAGAUAUCUUGAAAUAUUCUUAAAACUUUGUGCGGCAAAUUCUCAAGUAAGUACGCUACGCGCAAAUAUCUCUUUCUGCAUUAAACGACAUCAUUGAAGCUUACUAAAAAAAAAAAAAAAAAACUACAGAUCUACCUUCGGGUUUAGCUCUUGAAAGCUUUGCCGUUGUGAAAAUCAAAACGUUGUAUAGUAAAUAAGACUUUUUUAUCGAGACGCCCAUGUGUGUCCGGCGUGUUUAAGCUGAAUAAGAUCGAAAGUCAUUUUUAAUUACGUAUCCUGUCUCAUUCAUAACUGAUAUUUCUUGUUAUGAAUUUUUUUAAAUUAUUUUUCUUCGUUGUACAAUAUAUUUAAGAAUUAUAUAAGGGACGUGAGACACGUCUGUUACGAAUGUAUUUUAGCGAUAAAGAGAUUAUUACGUACAAUGGAAGCGCGUGUCACAUGCAUACCGAUGCAUAAGGAUGUACAGAUUAAUCGCGUGCAAAUUAAUCGUGCUUGAAAUUAAGCGUGAGCGUAAUUAUAUGGACAUUACGAGCGCGCGUGUGAACAUACCCUUAAACAUGUAAACACCAUUUUGCAAUCAAGCUAGCUCAUCAGUGUCACCUGGCAUCAUUGUAUAUGUAUGUAAAUGUCUCUCAAGUUUCGAGCCAUUGUAACAGAGAUAUGUGAUAUAUCUCGUUAAUAUCACAGAAAAAGAAUACUCGAAUUCUGUAACGAUUAUUCGAGGAUCAAACGGGAGGUACAUCACAUUACAAGCGAUAUAUCUCGUCGAGUAAAGUGAGUUCGGUUUAGUUAAAAAAAAUGUUUUAGUAUUAAUAUUUUUAUACGUUGACGAAUGAACAGCAGAGAGUUUCCGCAAAAUCAUUUUUCGAUAUACCCCUCAUUUUUAAUGAUUAAGAUUCGGCUGAUGUCCGAAAAAUGUGAUUUACGAUAAUUCCAUGUUCUCACGAUUUUCGCGCGAUUCGCGUAGAGUAUUCAUUGCUUGGGACUUCACUAAUACUAUUGCGUGCAUAGUUCGUUAAGCUCUUCGUAUACAUCGUGCGAGGAAUGAAAACAGUCAUUUAGUAUCUAUGACAAUCGGUCAACUGUUCGAUCGACAAAACUGUUUUCCUUUACUGCCAGGUAUCACUCUCUCGUAGAGCUGCCUUGAGGAGCAAGCGCUUACGAUAAUUAUCUAAAAAAAAAAUAAAAUUGGACAUAUACACGCGCACACACACACACAUACACACACACACACACACACACACACUUCGCGUUCGUGGGAAAUCAGAAAUGUAUUGUGCAAUUAAACUUUGUACAGAGGAGUAGGUAGCGUGUACAUUAGUGAGUAUUAUUAUCAUCAUUGUUAUAUCGAUAAUAUCGCUAUAGGGACGCUCUAUGGUCCUCGUUAAUUUCGAUCGCGUGCUUUGAUCGCGGCAAUAUUAACAAAUUCAUUAAGAGCAGAUGCGAAAAUCGGUUGUUGUUCCGUAUUCGUUGAGUGCGAAUAAAUUCAUAAUGAAUUUAAAAAAAAAUACGGUUAAAUGCAUUUACAGUGAAUACAUACGUAUUUGCUGCGUAUUUUGAAAAAUAUGUUUAUACUUCAAUGGCCCGAUAAUUGAAGAAAUAUAUCGUUGAAACCCAGGAUUCACGGCCAUUUAUUAUCAAAUUAAUUUAUGCUCGCAUUAACUGCAUCAUCGGAGCAUCAACAAUAAUUACUCUGCUCAUGUAAAAGCAAUCUGAUGAAUCAACAGUGGAUUGUAGUUCUAAUUAUAGUCCUGUCUAUAAUACUGAUGGAGAAGAAAACAUUGAAUUAGGCAGAAUUAGCACUAACUGACGCUUGGUAAUGACCGAGCUUUUAGUAUCGAAACUCGUUCAAGUUCGUUCUCAACAGAGAGUAGAACGAGGGAAAAAAAAAAGUAGUCGCGUUACAAAUCGCCAUGUUGCGCGCAAAUUUGUAUCUAGAUUCUUUAGCUGAUCGAAAGAACGAAGCCCAACGACAAAGGAAGAAAAAAAAAAAGAG